AUGUUCACAGUUGAAACAGAAUUUCAUACGUGUGCACCAGAAAGUCUUCGUCGACAAGAAUUUUCAUCAUCGUCUGAUGUCUGGAUGUUUGGAGUAACAGUCUGGGAAAUAUUCACAUUAGGCGCAGAAAAUCCUUGGCAUGGACUCUCCGUUCAAGAAAUUCUGCAAGCGUUAGAAGAGCGCAAAGAACGUCUUCGAUGUCCUGAUAUUUGUCCACCAUCGAUCUAUACUCUUCUACUCUCAUGCUGGUCGCUGAGUCCAACUGAUCGACCAAAUUUCUCGAAGAUCAAUUCUCGUCUAAAUCAAUCUCGUCCAGCACAGUAUCGAGUUACACGCGACAGCAAACAACUGAAUCAAAUAACCUUAAUACGUGGUGAUACAGUUAGUGUGUUCGAUUCCUUUGCGGAUAAACCGAUUUGGAAAGGACAGAACCAUCGAACACAGCAAGUAGGGUAUUUUCCAAGAAAUUGUCUUUCAUCCAUAACAUCAAGUACAAACGACAAAAUCAGUUGGCCUGUUCGAGGAAGUUUUAUUCACACAGGACAUAGUGAUGGAACUGGACAGGGAAUAUCUUGGGGACAAGUUGAUAAAAUCGAUGAAACAAUUUUAAGUAAUCCAAUAGUUACACCCAUCGAGAACAAUGAGCGAGAUGACAAUGUGCAAAUUGUACCAAAUAUUCUUCAAUUAAAUGGAUCAAACAAAAGCAAGCCGAUUGUUACUCGACCUCCACCACCUGUCCCGAAGAGUCCUCAAACAAUUGUGGAUGACUUGUUAUUAAUCGACUUCAGCGAUUCACCUCCACAAAAUUCUUCGACAAAAACUAAGUCACCAGAACAAGUCCAUCGGAAUCGUGAUUUAAUAACAGUUGAAACUUCUAUUCCUCCUCCUCCUCUUCCUCCUCCGCCUCCCUCACUUCCAACACCACCAUUACCAUCUUAUGAAAAUCAUCCAAGAGCUCCAAGCAAAGCUCAUCUUGACUCAUAUCAAUUCGUUGCGAAUGUGGUUUCAGGCGUAACUGAACAAUUGAAACAUGAUUUCCCACGAAUGAAUCCGCGCAAAAAGGAUUAUACGCCUCCACUUGUUCGUCGAUUUACAGUUCCAUUUCCUCCAACUCAAACUUCCUAUUAUAAUCUUCAACGACCACAAUAA